AUGUCGUCGGACCAAAGAGACUCUACCUUGAACGAGGAGCCACCACAAUAUACCGCCCCACCUGUCGAGGCCAAAGACGAGAUCGAAAAGCCAAAGCCAAUUCCUAUCUUGCUAUCUCUGAACAGCCGAAAAGGCGGCAAGAAAACGCACGGAGAUGGCAGGACAUAUAUGUCGUACUCACUUGACGACAAGUCGCUAGUACGAAUCAUUCACGAGCCCAUCAUAGUAAACCUGGACUGUACUUUCGACGAGCUGAAGACGCAGGUGCAGAAACGCAUGCGACACCACUUCGCCAAGGACAAAGCCAGCGACGACAGCGUAUGGCAUUUCGCGACUCUGAGCGUCAUGAUCCAUAGCAAACGGGCCACGCUUUCAGAUGAUAGUUCGUGGGAUGCUGCGAAGGGGUUGUUGAAGGAGGAUAGCGAGAUGAGAUAUGACUUUGUGCUGGAUCCUGAGUAUAAGGUCCUCACCAAGACUGAAAGUCCGGCAGCUACGGCCGGAACCAAGAAGAAAAAGGAUGGGCGUUGUGUCGUACAGUGA